UAUGAUUUGAAGGCAAUACUUCUGACUUUUUGUGAGGAAAACGCAUGUAUGUCCAGUCACCUUUCUUGAGUGAUAGUUUGUCUACCCCAAUUAAUGCACCCCAGAGAAGCCUUUCUUCUUGUCCUCAUUCAUCAACACCUCCACCAUCAAGAACCCUUUCAUUCUCAGCUAUCUUCAAUUCAAAGCUCAAAUGGCUUCUCCAAUAUCCAAACAGCUAGGAGAUUUCCUCCAAGAACAGCAAGAGCCUUUCACAAUGGAGGAGUACCUUCAUGACAGAGGCUACCCCAGAAGCAAUAAUUCUGCCCAGUUCUUCAAAGGAUCAACAAGCUCUGCUACAAAAAAGAGAAGAAGAUCACUACUCCCAAGCUGUUCAAAGCUUGUGGGGGCUGUGUUUACCAGGAUUGUCCAAUCUGAGGCCAAUCGGAAAUUCAAGAAUUGUUGGAGUAAUAGAAAUAAUGGCCGUGUUGGUAAGCAGGAUUUAGCUGAGGAUGAUCAUUUAUCAUCUGCAAGUAGCUCUACUGUGUUCAAUUCUUGCUCGGAGAUUGAUGCAGAAGAAGAUGAUGAAGGCUGCAAAGUACGUGAAAAACAGGUUCUUGAAGACAGAAAGCAGCUCAGCCCUGUCUCAGUACUGGAAGAAACAGAAUCCUCAGAUGAUGAUGUCUCCCCGAUUCAUCAAAUACAAGAAACCUCAGACUCUCAAACAACAUUAGUGGGAAGGAGUGUCGCUUGUCAGUACGCUAGAAACAGAAAGGCCACACAACAAACAAAACAGCUGCUGUUUGACUGUGUGAGUGAGGUGGUUGAGAGCCACAGAAGAAGAGACCAGAGGGGCCAACAGAUGGGGAGAAUCUUGGAUCCUGAGCAACUGUGGAAGCUGAUAUGUGAGAAUAUAUGGGAGUGGAGCCAAGACCCCAUUGAUGAAACCAAUGUCAACCAACUGGUUCAUUUCGAGUUCUUGGAUUUUGAGGGAGAAUGGAGGGGGUUUCAGCAGUCACAGGAAAUUGGGGUGAUUAUUACUGAGAUUAUGUUGGAGGAUAUUAGAGAUGAGAUUGUUAGAGAUAUGGUUAUUUCUUUUAAUUAUAAAUAAACUGAGUAAUAUACAAACAACAUGUCAAGUUCUAAUUAUCUCUAUUUUCAUACUUUUAAUUUUCUAUGUUCUACUCUGGCA